AUGAAUGAAACUGAUGCCUCCAUCUCAUAUCCUGCAGAGUUUAUUCUUACUAUUUUCACAGGAACACCGUACCAGUUACAAUGGAUUUCCUUAGCAUUCUCACUCAUAUAUGUUUUAUCAAUGACUGCUAAUACUGUGAUAUUGGCAGUUAUUAAAAUGGAAGAAAACCUUCAUGAGCCCAUGUAUAUAUUUAUUUGUAUGUUAGCCAUUGUAGAUAUGAUUUUAUGUAAUACAAUCUUACCUAAGAUGCUUUCAAUGCUAUGUUUUUUGGAAAAUGUAAUUAGUUUUGAGGGCUGCCUCAUUCAGAUGUUUUUUGUUCAUACCUUUUCAGUGGCAGAAUCAUCUAUUUUGCUUGUGAUGUCUUUCGAUCGCUACAUUGCUAUAUGCAAUCCUUUGAGAUACAAAAGCAUUUUCACAAGCUCAUUUAUAACAAAGCUGAGUUUAGCUUGUUUUAUUAGGGGAUUUAUUUUCACAGCACCAGAAGUCUUUCUUGCAUCAAGGUUACCAUACUGCAGUUCAAGGGUGGUUUCCAUUUCUUACUGUGAUCAUAUGUCAGUUGUAAAACUUGCUUGUGCAGAUACAACAUUAAAUAAUGUGUACGGUUCAACUGGACUUGUCUUAAUUGUUGGUACAGAUGCUAUUCUUAUUAUUUUUUCAUACAUUAAGAUACUCCAAGCAGUCAAAAAUCUUGCUUCAAGAGAUGAACUUCAAAAGGCCAUAAACACAUGUGGGACUCACCUUUGUGUAGUACUUUUUACAUAUACAGUUGCUGUCUUUUCUUUAAUUACUCAGAGAAUGAGCAAAGCUGUGGGAUCAGAUGUACUAGUCUUCACAUCUUGCUUGUAUUUGGUUACUCCAGGAAUGUUAAAUCCUAUUAUUUAUGGAGCAAAAACAAAAGAAAUUCGAAGUAGUUUUAUAAAGCAAUUUAAAAUGCAUUAG